CUUUCUUUCUUUCCUUUAUUUUUUUUUUCACUUCUUUCUCCUUUGAUUAAACACAUCAUGUUGCGACCGUUUGAUAAGACGGUUCAAAAACGACGUGGAGGUGGAGAAAAUGUGAUGGAAAAUCAAGAUACCAAAGAACGGUUCAAAAACUCGAUAACAAAUAACAACAAAGCCGACAGUUUACUUCGAAGCAAGAACGUCAACCAAGUUCUUUAUCAGAAAGAACAGUCUUCAAAAGGAAAUGAAAAAGGAAAACAACCUUCUCUUACUGAAAAGAAACUUGGCGCGAAAAAUGAUCCUUCAAAGCAAGUAAUUCCCUUGAAACGACCAGUUCCUAAUAGUGUUCUACAAUCGCCACUUUCUUCCAAACGUGUCGAUCUUGGUAACUCGGAUAAAUCUACAAAGCUUGACUUUGAAUAUGGAUCCCAAGGUGAACAAGAGCUACCUUAUGUUCCUGAUGAUGUUUCUCCUCUUGAUCUUGAUAUGUUUGAUGAUCGAGCUCAUAUGGAUGCCUAUAAAGCUACAACAAAUACUACUGAUCUUGAAUCUUUUUAUGACGACGAAUCUUUCCCUACAAAAAUUCGACAAUUUCAACAAAACACAGUUGUUUCUCCAACAACACACCUUGCUCUUCAUGAUGAAGAAGACCGUGAUGAUACUUUACUUGAAGAUCCCUUUGAUAUGACAAUUCCUAUCGAACAAGUGAAUUCAUCCUCUUUCCCUACUGAAAUUGAAUUCUGCCCUCCAAUUGAAAAUGAACUUCCAUUUGAACCUGAUACUGAUAAAGUUGAUUUAUCCAUCUUUACCUCUACACCGAACGUAUCUGCUUAUUAUCUUUCCAAAUACUUUGAUCAACAAGUGAUGUUUUCAGAAGAAUUAUUUAGCGAUGAUGACCUUACAAUUGCUCUGGAACCAAUGGAACCUCUUUCUUUCCUGGAUGAUCAUGGCCUCACUCUAGAUGAUUUAUCUGCAUUAUUCAACAGCCAAUAUACGGAAUCAAUCAGUACUCAUGAGAAAAGUGACGAAGAAGUGGAUUACAGCGAUAUUCCUUUCAAUGAUCAUGUCUUUGAUGAAACUGCUAUUGUGAUUUGAACGUGACCUGGAUCAAUUUCAACUAUAUUGCUCUAGAAUGACAAGAAUAAACAUGGAUAUUAAGGAAUUAGUUUAGCUUCAUUAGUGUAUAUAUUGCUUUUUUUUUUCUUUAUUCAAAAAUAAAAACUAUUUUUUUUUUUUAUGAA